AUGAGAGGUUUGCACAAAGUUUUGAUGUGGGACUUUGUGCAAAUCGCUCUGGUGGUGACACGUGUCUUGGAGAUUAGGUUCGGCAGUCAAGAGCUUCGGCAAUCGGGAGCUUCGGCAGCUACAUGUAGCUAUAAUAAGGGAAGAAGUGGUUUAGCACUUCUGGCCAAUGUGUACCCUUGCAAGUAA